CCACUGGAUUACACAAGUGAAACAGUUCCUUUUUGAGUGGACGGCAUGGGGAGGUUGAUGGAGAGCGCCUUGUUAUGAGCGAAAAACACAACAUCUCCGCUUGUAGUUCUGUAUAUAUGCUGCUCUCUGGAGUACUCCGUUUAACCUGUGCAUAAGGACAUCGUCCUGAUACUGAAAGCUUCCUCAUGGCAAAUGAUGCAGAUAUAGCAGCGGUGGGGAGGAUUCUCGUCAACCCAAAGCAGGACCUGACAACGCGCUUUAGAGCACUUUUUACUCUCCGCAACCUUGGUGGACCAGAGGCCAUUAAAUGGAUCAGUGAAGCUUUUGUGGAUGAAUCUGCACUUCUGAAGCAUGAGCUGGCAUACUGCCUCGGCCAAAUGCAAGACGAGCGGGCCAUUCCUAUCCUAGAGACGGUCCUGAAAGACACUAAUCAAGAACCAAUGCUCAGACAUAAAGGAGGAGAAGCAUUGGGAGCCAUUGGAAAUCCCAAAGUCUUAGAUUUAUUGAAGAAAUAUGCAGAAGAUCCAGUAAUUGAGGUGGCAGAAACAUGUCAGCUGGCAGUCCGGCGGCUGGAGUGGCUCAUGAAUGGUGGGGAAAAGACAGCAGAGGGGACAGAUGAGAACCCCUACUGCUCUGUAGACCCCGCGCCCCCUGCCGCAAGAAAAAGUGUCCCAGAACUGAGGGCGCAGCUCUUAGAUGAAAGCCUGUCGCUGUUUGACCGCUAUAGAGCUAUGUUUGCACUGAGGAAUCUUGGGACUGAAGAGGCUGUUCUGGCUCUUGGAGAUGGUCUUCAGUGUAGCAGUGCUUUGUUCCGCCAUGAGAUCGGCUACGUCUUGGGUCAGAUCCAACACGAGGCCAGCAUCCCUCAGCUGCAGGCAGCUUUGGAGAAAACAGAUGAGAACGCCAUGGUCAGGCAUGAGUGUGCAGAAGCGCUGGGCUCCAUCGGGAAGGAGACGUGCUUACAGAUCCUAGAGCACUACAGGAAGGACCAGGAGCGGGUGGUGAAGGAGAGCUGUGAGGUGGCACUGGACAUGCUGGAGUAUGAGAACAGCUUGCAGUUCCAAUAUGCAGACGGACUGCUCAGACUGCGAAGCGCUUAGUGAAACACAUUUCCUAAAACAUGUUAAUGUUACAUAGCUGAUCCAUAUUUCAAACUCAAGUUAAAGCAUUUUGAAUGCCUGAAUAUUUAAUAAAAAACAUUUUUGCAGAUCUCUCUUGAAAAAACAGAAAACAUUUACAUAAUAAAAGCAUUUAUUUGACCACAUGUACUUAUGUCUUAUUCUGCCUGUAAACUCUUAACAUUUUGCGUCAUGAAUAUUUGAGAUGUCACUAAUCAAGUUUCUAAUCUUCAGUAAAGUCUGUGUGACUCGUGUUAAAUCCUCCAUGCAUGAGCAGAGGUGAUUAGCAGAGCUAAGAGCGCUAGUGCUUGUCUGAGAUCUAUAACAGUACGUUCUGCCUAACUAAGCCACACAGCAGUCUAUCUCAUUCAAUGAGAUUAAUCUUUAAAGAAGCACACAUGUAAUUAAAAUCCAAA